UUUCCAUCAGAAUGUGUUUCGAUAGAUCCGCCAGGAGGUUUGACUAAGGAGUCGGGAUAUAGUAUAUCUCAUGAAGAUCUGGGUCACACACAAUGCAACUAGGGCUUUAUAGCACGCUGUCCUCGCUUCAGUUUGUCUUGCUUCUUCUUUUCCCGACGUUCGCUCCUUUUUGUUCUGCCUCUGUAAUACAAGACCUCCAAAGCAACUAUUUUGAUCCAGCUCCAACGCCCGAGGACGGCCCUCCCCUCUCGGCUGGAGCCCUUCGAGAUACAUCUUACCUUCCCGCCCAAAUUGGUGGCAUAGUCGGAUCAUAUGCCUUUUCGCUCGUUGUAGUCGCUGUCAUUAUACUUCUCUUGGCAAAGAAACGCCGUGAGCAUCUUACAGCAGGAGAGGAAGACCUAGAAGGCCAGUUCCCAUAUCAAUUCGCUUUUUUACCACCUGGGCAAGCUGGCGGCCAGCCUCAGUACGGUCUCGACCCACCCAAAUCGCCUGUCAAGAACUUUUCUUACCCAACACCACCAACACCGAUAAGUGUAAGGAGCCCGACAAGCCCGACGAGCCCUUACAUUGUACCCUCACUUCAUUCCACAAGCACACUUGGUGUAAAUCCUUUAGUCGAUCCGCGAGUCGUUGCAGCAGAUCGCGAGAUGGCGCAACAGCAGCUGGAAGAAAUGUACAAGCUUGUACUAGAGCAAGAGGCUGCGAAGGAAGCAGGCGUUACCUUGGACCAGCUGCCGGUACCGCUCUCCCAACAGCAGACCCCAAAGCAGGGUAUCUUGAAGAGGAGCAAGAACAAGCCCGCGAGCCUUGAUCUUGCACAGUCUGGAGCGGAAAAGCCUCAGUCCCGAGCGUCUUCUAUCCUAUCCGCUUUCAAAUCGCCUCGAAAGAAGAAUGUUAAAGGCAUCAGUAUCUCGUCUCCGAUUAUGACGCCUAUGUCAGGCACCUUUCCACGCCAGGAAGAGGAGGAGUUAAGAGUAAUUCCUCCCCGCCACUACGCACCGGCAUCUCCACCCCCAGUUCCGACAGACCAGGCCCCAUAUGCACGGGCAAGCAGGCAGCACGGACCAGUAGCGCCUAUCACUCCGCCGGAUAUCUCUCCGGAGAGUACGCAGAGCAUUGACGAACGAUUAGGUCAUCUGCGGAGCAACUCGCAAUACACCGAACCCGACCCGGUGUCAGCAAUUUCAGAACGGUCUACUGCGCCUCUCGUUGGUUUGCCUUCAUCACCGAAGCCAGGCGUUAAUCGCUUCCCUUCUCUUCCAGCAUCUCCGAAACCCGGGGCGACGUUCCCGACUUCGCCCGGACCGGAACAGCGAUCCUUCUCGCGACCCAAUGCUCCCUCAGCCAUCCGAACUGGUGGUACUCUUCCGCUACGGGCCUACGAGCCUUCUCUCAGUUCGCCUUCGGCACAGACAACCAAGCAAACAACGUUCGAAAGAACUCUCCCUUUAUCGCCUUCGGGACUUAGGACACCGUGGACCGGCGCGCCAGUGCCCUACUCACCAUACCAACCAUUCUCGCCCGUGGUUCCUAUCACGCCGUCGUUGGUUACUAAGGCGGACCGAAAGAGGAUGAAGCAGUUGCAGCCCAAGACACCAACAAUGGAAAUGGUUAAGGCUGAUGAUGAAGUGUGGUAGAUGCGUGCUUAUGUGGGGGUUUAACGAAAGGUCUGGAUGGGUUGAUAAGGAUCUGAGUCUAUCACCCUGGCGUCUUGGAUGUAUUCUUGUGUUUCAAAAUCUAAUGAGUGAUGUAGAGGGACUUUACUUUCUGGUUUAAAGCAAUUGCUUAUAGUUUUAUAUACCACUUUUUGAAAUCGGAGGAGUUAAUUCACAUUGGGGUUCCAGUUGUGCAUUUCUCAUGGCCAUAUUAGGUAUGAGUUAUGCAACCCUGACUACCUGACGC